AUGUCGGAUAUGCCAGAACCAGCAGUUUCUGCCGAACUUAAGGCUUACCUAUUCAAUGCCAUUACUGAAUCUAUACCCAAAGCUUUAGCGGCUUUCCGCGAACAGACAGUCCUAGCCCCUACGGCGACCAUUACCCAACUCUCAGACUCCGAGGAUUCUCACGCUUCAGAGCAUGAUGAAGCCCCUCGCAAACGCCCUUGGAAGGGCGAGAGCGCCACCGCCGGUAAAG